GGGUUCCAAGGGUGGGCAGCAGCCCCUGCUGCCCAGCGUCCUAGAGACAAGAAGUAACUCCCACUCGGAGCAGUAGGAGGGGGCGGUGGAGCAGCAUGGAACCGGGCUUUUGUCUGGGGUGUAUGCCGGGGGCUUCGAGUGUCCACGGUGCGCCCGCCCCUCGCCGCCCCCUUUUUGAUGGGGUGCUUCUACAAAGUGGGCAAGUUUUCCCGGGAAUCCGAAGGCGGCAUUUUGUACGGAGUUGAAAGAGAGGGAGGGGGUCCUGGGGGUGGUACGGUGGUCCCCCAGAGAGCUGCCUCUGGACUCCAGAGAGCUUCCAGGGUUGCUGGUGGAAGAGCAGGGAGAGGUGCAUGUGAUGCAGGUGGGCCUCCAUUUCCCAGAGGACCGAAAGGCCUCCAACUGCCUUGGUCCGGAGCGCGAGCAACCAGGUGCCCCCGGAGGGUUGGGAUUGGGGCGCCGGGGGUACUCCUGACCUACGUGGAGCGCAGCGAGCAGGGCCGGCGGAUUCUGCACGUUGGCGCCAGGUUCAGCACCACCCGGCAGCCCUGGGCGAGCGCGGGAGCCCAGCCUUCGCCACCGCCGCAGGAGGCACCGGCACCGCGCCCACCUGGACCCUCAGCCAGAACUUGGGAGGACUUGGUGCUUAAUGCCCCAUCUUUGGUUCGCCCUAGGUAACCUGUUCUGGCUUCAGCAGCGCCCAGAGGCUUUCCAGAGAGCUGAUAACCACGAACAAACUUGGCCGUCAAAAGCAAAUCAAUGCUUUACCUUGUUUUCUGGGUGCCUAGUCUAUCCAACACAAACUAUCCCCGAAGUUUAGUCGGGAUUUACACUAAAUAUAUUACUUAUAUAGUAAGUUAUUCGAUAUAACAUUUUUGAUCAAUUUUCUAGGCUACAGUUUUGAUGUGUUUUUAAAAAAUCUUGAAUUAACUGAAUAAUAGUUCAUAUUGAAGGUGGAUUCUCCCAUUUCCUGCACCCAGGAUUUUCCGUUAUUCCAUCAAAUUCUGUAAAUUGGUAUGCCCUAACAGUUUCUUAUAUUUGAGUUGGCUUCAGCUUCGAGAAAUUCUUCAGGCAGGUUUAGGCAGAGGGCUGAGGAAGCUAGAGAAGAUUCCGAAGAGAAAGGAUGAUUAUUUGUUGCAUGAUUAUAGCUUCUUUUAAAACUUCUAAUAGGAAAACACUUCCACUUUCCUGGACCAAAUGCAGAGUAAAGUCAUUUUCUAUUAUCUGUUGCAAUAAUUAAUAAUAAAUAUGUAAAUGCAGAAAACAUCGUUAGUACCCAUAUCAUUGCCAGAAACCAGUCCCGCUCUCCCCCCACCAUCAAAAAAAAGUCCUCGGAAGUAGAAAUUAGAUAAAAUAAUUUAACCUGCAAUUUUGCAACAGCUCAGACUUUCAGCACCACCGACCCCCUAAUAACAUCCCUACUGGUUUCUUCCAUUUUUUGUGUAGGCGAGUGGAAUAACAGGUAUCCUUCAUAUCCAUAGGAAGAGCACUGGGAGGAGCCAAAGAUAUGGGGAGGUAGAUCAAGACAUUAGGAAAUCUUUUCUGGCUUCUGACUUUGAGUCUGAAAAGGUGGUGUGAAUUGGUUGGUGUCUGAAUCUUUAUCAGGACACAUUAUGGUGGUCUGGGGUGGAUCUGGCCAUGCAACUCAAGCUAGAGGAUGACAACUACAGAGAUGUGGUCACAUUUUCAAGUUUUACUUUCUUACCCCAAUCUUUCAAACCCCUAAUUAAUUAGGUAAUAAAAAUUGUAUAUAUUUAUGAUGCACACAACACAGUAUUUUGAAACAGUAAUACAUUGUAGAAUGGCCCAACCAACAUAAUUAACCUAUGUAUUAUGUCACAUUUUUAUCUUUUGUUUUUUUUUUUGGUGUGGUGAGAACACUUCAAAUCUACCGUCUUAACAGUUUUCAAAAUUGUGACUAUAGUGACUAUAGUCACUAUGUUGCACAAUAGAUCUCUUAAACUUAUUGCUCCUAUCUAACUGAAAUUUUGUAUCCUUUGACAAACAUCUCUUCACCCCAACCCUAACUACUGGUAACCAGGGUUCUACUCUCUUCUCUGAGUUCAACCAUUUUAGAUUCAAGUCUCCCUUCCCUUCCCUUCCCCUCCCUUCCCCUCCCUUCCCUUCCCCUCCCUUUCCUUCCCUUCCCUUCCCUUCCCCUCCCUUCCGUUCCCUUCCCUUCCCUUCCCUUCCCUCCGCUCCCUUCCCCUUCUCUGCCCUCCGCUCUUUUCCUUCCCUCUUUUCUUCUCUCUCUUUCUUCUCUCUCUCUUUCUUCUCACUGCAGCCUCGACUUCACCAGGCUCAGGUGAUCCUCGCACCUCAGCCUCCCGAGUAGCUGGGACUACAAGCGUGUGCCACCACACCCAGGACCUGCAGAGAAACGCCUCCUGAUUUUGUCUUACAAUGGAACAUAAAAAGUCGCCUGACGGUGGAUGGGGCUGGGUGAUUGUGUUUGUCUCCUUCCUUACUCAGUUUUUGUGUUACGGAUCCCCACUAGCUGUUGGAGUCCUGUACAUAGAAUGGCUGGAUGCCUUUGGUGAAGGAAAAGGAAAAACAGCCUGGGUUGGAUCCCUGGCAAGUGGAGUUGGCUUGCUUGCAAGUCCUGUCUGCAGUCUCUGUGUCUCAUCUUUUGGAGCAAGACCUGUCACAAUCUUCAGUGGCUUCAUGGUGGCUGGAGGCCUGAUGUUGAGCAGUUUUGCUCCCAAUAUCUACUUUCUGUUUUUUUCCUAUGGCAUUGUUGUAGGUCUUGGAUGUGGUUUAUUAUACACUGCAACAGUGACCAUUACGUGCCAGUAUUUUGACGAUCGCCGAGGCCUAGCGCUUGGCCUGAUUUCAACAGGUUCAAGCGUUGGCCUUUUCAUAUAUGCUGCUCUGCAGAGGAUGCUGGUUGAGUUCUAUGGACUGGAUGGAUGCUUGCUGAUUGUGGGUGCUUUAGCUUUAAAUAUAUUAGCCUGUGGCAGUCUGAUGAGACCCCUCCAAUCUUCUGAUUGUCCAUUGCCUAAAAAAAUAGCUCCAGAAGAUCUACCAGAUAAAUACUCCAUUUACAAUGAAAAAGGAAAGAAUCUGGAAGAAAACAUAAACAUUCUUGACAAGAGCUACAGUAGUGAGGAAAAAUGCAGGAUCACGUUAGCCAAUGGUGACUGGAAACAAGACAGCCUACUUCAUAAAAACCCCACAGUGACACACACAAAAGAGCCUGAAACGUACAAAAAGAAAGUUGCAGAACAGACAUAUUUUUGCAAACAGCUUGCCAAGAGGAAGUGGCAGUUAUAUAAAAACUACUGUGGUGAAACUGUGGCUCUUUUUAAAAACAAAGUAUUUUCAGCCCUUUUCAUUGCUAUCUUACUCUUUGACAUCGGAGGGUUUCCACCUUCAUUACUUAUGGAAGAUGUAGCAAGAAGUUCAAACGUGAAAGAAGAAGAGUUUAUUAUGCCACUUAUUUCCAUUAUAGGCAUUAUGACAGCAGUUGGUAAACUGCUUUUAGGGAUACUGGCUGACUUCAAGUGGAUUAAUACCUUGUAUCUUUAUGUUGCUACCUUAAUCAUCAUGGGCCUAGCCUUGUGUGCAAUUCCAUUUGCCAAAAGCUAUGUCACAUUGGCGUUGCUUUCUGGGAUCCUAGGGUUUCUUACUGGUAAUUGGUCCAUCUUUCCAUAUGUGACCACGAAGACUGUGGGAAUUGAAAAAUUAGCCCAUGCCUAUGGGAUAUUAAUGUUCUUUGCUGGACUUGGAAAUAGCCUAGGACCACCCAUCGUUGGUUGGUUUUAUGACUGGACCCAGACCUAUGAGAUUGCAUUUUAUUUUAGUGGCUUCUGUGUCCUGCUGGGAGGUUUUAUUCUGCUGCUGGCAGCCUUGCCCUCUUGGGAUACAUGCAACAAGCAACUCCCCAAGCCAGCUCCAACAACUUUCUUGUACAAAGUUGCCUCUAAUGUUUAGAGGAAUAUUGGAAGACACUAUUUUUGCUAUUUUAUACCAUAUAGCAACGAUAUUUUAACAGAUUCUCAAGCAAAUUUUCUAGAGUCAAGACUAUUUUCUCAUAGCAAAAUUUCACAAUGACUGACUCUGAAUGAAUUAUUUUUUUUUACAUAUCCUAUUUUUUAUGUAGUGUAUGCGUAGCCUCUAUCUCGUAUUUUUUUCUAUUUCUCCUCCCCACACCAUCAAUGGGACUAUUCUGUUUUGCUGUUAUUCACUAGUUCUUAACAUUGUAAAAAGUUUGACCAGCCUCAGAAGGCUUUCUCUGUGUAAAGAAGUAUAAUUUCUCUGCCAACUCCAUUUAAUCCACUGCAAGGCACCUAGAGAGACUGCUCCUAUUUUAAAAGUGAUGCAAGCAUCAUGAUAAGAUAUGUGUGAAGCCCACUAGGAAAUAAAUCAUUCUCUUCUCUAUGUUUGACUUGCUAGUAAACAGAAGACUUCACGCCAGCCAGGAAAUUAAAGUGGCGACUAAAACAGCCUUAAGAAUUGCAGUGGAGCAAAUUGGUCAUUUUUUUUAAAAAGAUAUUUUAACCUACAGUCACCAGUUUUCAUUAUUCUAUUUACCUCACUGAAGUACUCACAUGUUGUUUGGUACCCACUGAGCAACUGUUUCAGUUCCUAAGGUAUUUGCUGAGAUGUGGGUGAACUCCAAAUGGAGAAGUAGUCACUGUAGACUUUCUUCAUGGUUGACCACUCCAACCUUGCUCACUUUUGCUUCUUGGCCAUCCACUCAGCUGAUGUUUCCUGGGAAGUGCUAAUUUUACCUGUUUCCAAAUUGGAAACACAUUUCUCAAUCAUUCCGUUCUGGCAAAUGGGAAACAUCCAUUUGCUUUGGGCACAGUGGGGAUGGGCUGCAAUUUCUUGCAUAUCCUCCCAGUGAAGCAUUUAUUUGCUACUAUCAGAUUUUACCACUAUCAAAUAUAAUUCAAGGGCAGAAUUAAACGUGAGUGUGUGUGUGUGUGUGCUAUGCAUGCUCUAAGUCUGCAUGGGAUAUGGGAAUGGAAAAGGGCAAUAAGAAAUUAAUACCCUUAUUCAGUUGCAUUUAACCUUAAGAAAAAUGUCCUUGGGAUAAACUCCAAUGUUUAAUACAUUGAUUUUUUUUCUAAAGAAAUGGGUUUUAAACUUUGGUAUGCAUCAGAAUUCCCUGUAGAUCUUUUUGAAAAUAUAGGUACCUGGGUAUCAUGCAUAGAACUUUUAAUUCUGCUGGUGUAGGCUGUUGCCCAAACAUCUAUAAUUUUACUGAGCUCUUCAAGUGAUUCUGAUAACACAGCCUGGAUUGAGAAUUUUUAUAAGAUUGGCAAUGGAAAAACAUUUAUUCUUUUAAAUAAUAUAUUUUUUAAAACCCAAGAGGUCAGGGGAUUUUAUAAACAAAUAGCCAAGUGUUCUUUAAAUAGGAGGCACCCUUCCCAUUGUGCCAAAAUCAUCUUUUCAUUUAUUUUGAAGUAUGUAUGAUUAUUUUAUACUUGUAUGUUGCCUUUCUUCCAAGGCGCCUGAAGCACUUUAUAAACACGAAUCCUCACAACACCUCUGUGAGGUAGGUAAAUAGUACUUUUCUAUGUAGUAAACCUGGAAUAUGGAGAAUUUCAUAACAGUUCAUUCUACUUAAUAAUGCAAUAAUGGAGCUCCAAGAUGUCUUGGACUUCUACAACACACUCAGACUUCUGGAAAGUUUUCUGUACCUCAUUCUUUAGUCCCUGUCAAGGUUAGUAAAUAAAAUAAGUGACAUAAAAAAAAAAAAAACUAAACUACUUGUUGUGUUGAAAGUUCCUUUUUGCCAAUGUUAUGUUCAGGAAACCCAAUAACCUGAAAAAGUUUGACUUUGAUGUGACAUCUUCAUAUUCAUCAAUGCUGAUAAUUGUCCAAAGGCAUCUUCACUAUGUCUGCUAAAUAACAUCCAAUGUGGGCAUUAUCUGUUGUCUAGGGGAUGAAUUUUAAGUUACAAUAAAAUAUUUUUCUUUGUUUUGCA